AGCUGCACUUUUUGUCUUUCUUCUUCCUCUCUCUCUCUCACACACACACACAGUCACUGUACAACAUUCACUUUCUCAUUCCUUUGAUCUAUAAAGCAUCAAAAAACAACUCUCCAUUACUAACAACUUCUACUUCCAUUCCUCUCUCACUUUUUUACAAUCUUUUUAAUUUUUUUCACCGGUAAAAAUGGACCAAGUUCAGCCAAUGUACCGGCCACCUCCGCCGGAGACACCCAAAGAACCUAUGGAAUUUCUAUCUCGUUCAUGGAGUCUCUCUGCUUUUGAAGUCUCUAAAACUUUAGCUCAUCCUCAAGUUUUACCUAAAUCACUAUUUAGUGGUACCCCUUCUUAUAUUGGGAGUGGUAGUGGUACUAUACCGGAGGAUAUUGCCGCCGAGUUAGAUGAAUCCGCCAUUGUUUCCGGCAACCCUUUUUCCUUUGCUUCUUCUGAAACUUCUCAGCUUAUUAUGGAACGCAUUAUGUCUGUUUCUCAGGAUGUUUCACCACGCACAUCUGGACGGCUCUCUCACAGUAGUGGACCUUUAAAUGGUGGCUCUCUUACAGACAGUCCCCCUGUUUCUCCUUCUGAAAUGGACGAUUCUAAGUACUGUCGUGUAAACAACGUGCCGGUUAAUAACCAGUACAGGAGCGGUGCUACAGCUACUAGCUCGGCUGUUACUGGUGGUGGUGGUGGUGGAGGAGGGAAGACGGUGGGUAGGUGGUUGAAGGAUAGGAGGGAGAAGAAGAAAGAGGAGCUGAGGGCACAUAAUGCACAACUUCAUGCUGCUGUGUCGGUUGCAGGAGUUGCUGCUGCUGUUGCUGCUAUAGCUGCGGCAACUGCAGCUUCAUCUGGUAGCGGAAAGGAUGAGCAGAUGGCGAAAACUGAUAUGGCUGUGGCCUCUGCUGCUACCUUGGUGGCAGCUCAGUGUGUUGAAGCUGCCGAGGCUAUGGGAGCUGAGCGCGAACAUCUUGCAUCGGUUGUUAGUUCUGCUGUGAACGUUCGAUCAGCAGGGGAUAUCAUGACAUUAACUGCAGCUGCAGCUACUGCUCUACGUGGUGCGGCUACAUUAAAGGCUAGAGCAUUGAAGGAAGUAUGGAACAUAGCAGCAGUAAUUCCUGUUGAUAAAGGGAUGGGUAGUGGCAAUGGUGGUGGUAGCAAUGGUAGUUCAAGUGGCGAGUUAAUCCCCGAAGAGAAUUUUCUUGGAAUUUGCAGCAGGGAAUUACUCGCACGGGGUGGUGAGCUCCUCAAACGUACACGCAAAGGUGACCUGCAUUGGAAGAUAGUAUCUGUAUAUAUAAACAGGACAGGACAGGUGAUGCUAAAAAUGAAGAGUAGGCAUGUUGCUGGGACCAUAACAAAAAAGAAAAAGAAUUUGGUGCUGGAAGUCAUGAAAGAUAUUCCGGCUUGGCCAGGGCGCCACUUGCUUCCGGGUAGUGACAACUUCAAAUACUUCGCGUUGAAGACUGUUGUACGAGGGGUCGUUGAGUUCGAAUGUAGAGAUCAGAGAGAGUAUGAUCUAUGGACUCAAGGUGUUUCAAGGUUGCUAAGUAUUGCUGCAGAAAAAAACGGUAGACAUAAAUUUUGAAGUUGUUUUUUUUCCAAGUGUAGAAACUUGCAUAAUGAGUAAGUUUGAUUUAGUAAGGGGUUAUGUUUUUUUGCCUCUUUUGAUGGGAUUUUAGACUAACAAAAUGCUAUGAUAUUGGAUGG